GCAACCUUGUCUAGUAAAUGGCAUCCCCUGCCCAUUGCAGGGGGGUUGGAACUAGGUCCUUUCCAGCCCAAACCAUUCUGUGAUUCUGUCAUUGCUAAACUGAAAUGCCUUGUGCCGUUGUGGGAGGGAUGAGGAUGUUUGUUUUCUACUGCACAAAACUGUGACGCUACCAUUUGUUCGUUCUUUUUCUUACAGCUCUACCUUAACAAAGAUGCAUGAUUCAUUUCAUAACUUAAGAAAAAACCCUAGUCUUUCUGGGAUUUCUUGUCUCUUGGAAUUAGGAACACAGCAGAACAGUGCUGACUGAGUUCGAUUCAGUUAGUUUUAUAAGUACUUGCUCAGCAGCAUUUGUCAAAUUGCAUUAAAUCAGGUAGAAAAGCGGUCAAAUUCCAAAUUAAAGAAAGAAAGAGCAAUAUACAAACAAUAGCUGAAUAAGGGAUAAACCCCUUUCCCUUCUGUCUGUAUCCCAACAUCGAUGGACUCUACAGGGUUUAUUUGCCAAAAUUAGGCAAAUACAUACCAUAAAAAUGUGAAGUCUCCUAAAGGUCACAGGGUAAUUGUUUUAUCUUUUUUCUUCACAGAGGCUGGAGUUACUCAUGCACAUUUCAAAAGAUUCCAUGGGUUUGCUAUGCCACAGCUCCCUCAAGUGGUAGAAUAAUUUUCCAUUUGGAAUUGCAGCUUUAUUUCUGUGACACACUUGUAUUCUCUUCAAAAGGUUUUGGGGCUUCUCCCAACUUACGUUCUGUCUGAUUUAUAACAGAAACAACAGAGUUCAAAGAACAGGAGUCUGAGCAGGGAAGAACUCAGGCUUACUAUACUUGGGUUCCCAGUGAACUUUGGCUAGAAAAAACGGCAGUAUUACAACUGCGUCGGUUUAAAAAUGUCUGACCUGGAAAAUAUUGUACGCAGAACCCACAGUAUUGAAAAACUACUGUCUGAGAACAAUUUGCAAGAUAUUGAGGAUCAUCUUAAAGAACUUGAAGAUGUUGACAUGACUGUAGAAUAUCUUCAGGGGACAGAUGUUACCAAGGCUGUAUACAGAGUACUCAAGAGCUGCCCUUCAGAAGGGUUGAAAAAGAAAGCAAAGCAGUUAUUAUCAAGAUGGAAAACACUUUACAAGAAUAACUCUGCUCAGUCAAUGCAACUUAAAAAGUCCGUUUCUGUGUAUGUGAAAGAGGAAAUGGAGCAUCUUGGUGUAGUUCCUAGAGAGCAGUUGCUGUCUGAAGGACCAUGUCAGCAGGAGGCAUUAGAUGGUACUAGUUCCAACAUUUUGGUCCCAUCACAAACUGUUAAAAAUGCGGUAUGUAACAAUGCAGAAGGCAGUAUGAAUCAGCAUUCUUCUUUUGAGGAACAACACACUGUUCAUGAAGAUUCUAAAUCUGUUGUUAGCGAAGCAAGUCUGCAGCAGCAUCCAAUGAGAGCUCUGAGGUGUAAAUGUGUGGAUCUUCUUUAUAAAGCUUUGAUUGGUUCUGCCAAAGAUGAAGAAGAAACUGUUAAAUGGCUAGAGUUAGCUAAAGAUAUUGAAGAACAUAUUUUUGCUCUUCAUGCUAAAAAUGAUAAAAAGUACAAAAAUUGCAUUAGAAGUAAAAUCUCUAACCUUAAGAACCCUAAAAGUUGCCACUUAAAACAUAACCUUUUUUCAGGGACUUUGAGCCCAAAGGCUUUUGCUGAGAUGACAGUGAUGGAAAUGGCCAGCGAUGAACUGAAACAGCUCAGGGCUCUGUACACAAAAUCAUCUGUUCAGGAGCAUCAGCUUCCGCAGGUUAUUAAUGGCACACAGACAAAUAAAAUAAAAUGCAGACGCUGUGAAAAAUUUGAUUGCACUGUAACUAUGAUUGCCAGAGGAACUCUCUUUCUUCCAGCUUGGGUGAGAAACACAAACCCAGAUGAACAAAUGUUGACUUACGUUAUUUGUAAUGAAUGUGGAGAACAGUGGUAUCACAGCAGAUGGAUUUGUUUGUAAUGCUAUCUCUCUUUAAUAAGGGAUUUGGUAACGUGUAUGAGAACGUACCUCUGUUGAAACUCUGUAAUUUUAAAUUCUGCACUGAUAUUAUGUGAGUGCUGCCACUAAAAACCUCAAAAUCAAUUUUUAAAAAAACUGCUAUUGUAUUUUUAAAGAUGACUUGAAUGAAUCUUACGUGUUUUUAAGUAAUCUAAAUAGGUAAAGAAAUAAAAUGGUAAAGAGGAAAAAAUGGUUACACUGUAUCUGAGUGGAAUAUUUGCUAGUUAAUCCAUUAAAAAUAUUCUAAGUGCUGCAGUUUUUUCCUGAAGGGACUAGAUAUUUGGAAAUUUUUUUUUAUCUUCAGGAGGAGUUCUUUCACAGAACAUAAGUUUAAUUUACAGUAAACAAACUGUUUCCAGAACUGUAGUUCACAUACUUGUGUGCAUUGCAGAAUGUUCAGCAUGGAUUCACUCCUUAAUUAAAUCACUAUUUGCAAGCAAGUGUUAGAUUAUUAAUUUGGUUUGAGAGGUGAUUUCUAACAGGGAAAAAGAAACAAAAAGAGCAUUAAAGGGGGAGAAAGCAGCUAGCAAAUUAAAGCAAGAAUUACAUUAUGCUUUAGUUUUAUUUUAGCUCCUGGAAGGAAAACAGGAGCUGUGACAGUCUAUCAGUAUGCGGGCCAGAUUUAUAAUAUAAGAUGGUAUGGCCUGCUACUGCAAAGAAAUUAAUGCAGGAUCAGAUAAUGGAUUGUUUCAGAAAAUGAUGUAAAUAUAUUAUUUAUGUUUAUUUAAUAAAAUUAAUAGGAGUUAAUAACUUUCUGAGUGAAUAUCAUCUCUGGAACUGGGACGUCUGUCCUGAACUGAGAAAAUUAAUGUUUUUGUAUAGUGCUGGUUACCCACAAACAAUGAAUAGAAGGAAAUCCAAUAGCAGAAUUUUUUAUACAUAUUUUUGUUCCAGAGUCAACAGGAUUCUCGCUGAUUUUUUACAAGAAGUAUUUAUUUUUUUUAAAAAAAUUUUAAUUCUUCUCACUGUGAGAGAAGUAUCUUUUACGUAUCUUUUACGAAUGUGCAACAGGCAUUUUGCACUUCAACGUUAAAAUGUAUCAGCAGAGCAGAGAAACCUGUGGAGUAUUUGCUGGAGGAAUUGAGGACAGUUGUGCACCCAUCUGACUAUGACACAGCUGAGGCUGGUCAGCUCCUCUGGGCUGAGCUGCAUGACCUCUUAGAGAAAGGAGUUGGGGGCAUGAAAUGAGAAAAUAGCUGAACUAAAAACCAGCCAGGACUGAAAGACAGGCCUUUAUCUGUAUAUGGGGAAAAUUACAUGUAACCUGAUGUUGCAAAGAGACACUUAACCUGUUCUACUGAAAAAAAGAAGAAAAAUCUUUCCAUUCUGUGAAGUGUUAACAGUUAACUUUCAGCGGCAUUACUUAGAUUUUUAUCAUGUAAAAAAGUGUGUUUUAGGGGAAUUGCACUGAUGUAAAAUACACAUUAAAGCUUUAGGCCAGACCCCCAAUGUUCAACUGUGUAACCAAGGAGUUGCUAUCUGGCCUUCCUUCCCAGCCCUUACUUGUGUGCUGAAAUUGAUGCUUACAAGUAGUCCUGCUUAAGUGGGAGGACUUUUGUGUACAGUAUUAUGGUUAGCUUUCAAUGAAACUACAAGAAAGCAAACACUCCUGUGUUAGUGGAUCACAGUAAGCACAGGAUUGUGUGCAGUCAUUUUGAAGGUCAUGGUCCUGUUGAGGAGAGCUUUAUGCCAGCACUGUGCUGUGUCAGAACACCAUGUAGCAGAAGACAUUAUUUUAGCUGUGAACAACUUAUAAAUAAUUUCUGCCUGCAGUUCGUUUUGAAGCCAUUCCAGUAAUGUAGAGCUCAUCCAAGUUUUAUCUUGGCAAAGGGAAAUGUAAAAAGGCAUGGAGGGUGUUUUUGACAGAAUAUAUUUCAAGGGUAAAAUUUGUAUCUGUAACACUGACUACAUUUGUGACAUAAUAUAUAACAUCAUUUUCUUUUGAAUUGCCCAUCACUAAUAUGUAACUGUGCAGGCUUAAAAUAUUUGACUGGCUAAGUUUAUAUGCUUUGUCUCAGCUAACUUGCAACUACAUAGUGUGUACAGCAGCAGGAGGGUGUAGAUCACUGAAAUACAGGAAGUAUAGACUCCAGAAACAAAAGAAACGCUUUGAAAAGUGAGAUUCUUUUAUAUUGUUGAAGUCUCUUUUUUUUUUUCAGUUCAUUCCAGGUGAGAAAAAUAUCUCUUUUUUAAGCAGAGACAAUUCAUUUGGGUAUGAUGUUUAGCAUGUCCAGGCAGCUACUCCUACAAGGACCGUGACAUUAGAGGUGAUCCCCACAAACACAGGAGAAAUGUAAGCUGAACAAGGCUAAAGUCUGUAUUUGUCUCCACAGGGUUUUCCAGAGAUUCUAUAAAUUCAACUGCUUCUUGAAUCCUGUGAUUUAACAGCAGCAAUAAGGCCUUAAACAUAAAUUGCGCUCAAAGAUCAAGCAGCGUGUAGCUGCAGAACUUGUGAUACAUAUCUUAAGAAGAUGAGAGCUAAAUUAACAAUGAAUUUUACACAAUUUUCAAUGUAAAAACAAAGAUACUAUUCUAUAUCUGAAGUGCUCUAUUAAUUGUACUCAAUGUUGCUCCCUUAACACCAGUAACAAAACUUCUGGUUCCUAGAGAUCCACUGCCAGAUCCACUUCUGUUCUGUUGAGUGCCUUUUCUAUCUCUGUCAUACCCCUCUUACUGUGCACUUUUUAGGGAGGUACUCAGCUGCCAUUUGUUGUUUAUAACUCUUUCUUCUUUUCAAAACCAAAAGUAAAUUUGUGCUGUUUAUUUUUCAUUUAAAGUGUAUUCGUUUCUGUCUGUUGUGCUAUGUAUGUUUGCUACUAAAGCAAAGAACUGCAACUCUUUAAACAAAAAACAGCUUUUUUGUGCCAAGAAAGAAAGUUAGCUGGUAACAGGCUGUGAUUAAGGAGCAAAUAUGUCGAAUUACAGUCCUUCAGGGAAUCUUCAGGAUGUAAUGGCCCAAUUCACUGACUGCCUGGAAGAUAAGAAAAGAAACAAGAGUACUUUGAUAAUUUCUUGGAUUUGCUUGGGAGUUGGCUUGUUGCAUUCUGGUAUUAACAGAGCCAUGAAGGCAGAUGACUUCAUAUCCCCUCAUUUUGUGCUGCUGUAAUUCAGCCAAGAGGUGACAAAGUCAUGUUUUACUGAGGCCAUGUCCUCACUUGCCAGGAUGGAACAUAGUCUCCUUGCCAACUACAGAUGGUAAAAAGUAUUAUUCACAAACUCUUAUUAUAAGAGAGCUUUGCUGAUACAGACCUUCCCCUACACACACACAAAAAAGUUGUCCAUUAUUUGCCAUUGGAUGUUUUUUGUGCUGUUCACUCUGAUGUGACAUAACACCACUUCAUGAAUACACUUCUGUGAACAAAAUCCUUAAGGUGCAAAGUCAGCUUUCAGAUGAAGGCGUGUGUGAUGGAGCAGCAAAGGUGGGUUACUGUGCAGGGGGGGGCAAGCCAGGAGUGGAUGGUGAGUGUCAAGGCAUAUAGGGACAGUGGCUUCAGUUAAAAGGGUCACUGUCCAGCAGCACCCAAACAAGAGCAAGGCAGGUCCGGUGACAAUAAUCUGCCAAAACUCCAGUGAGAAGCAGGCAAGUCUGGGGAGGUGCUGUCGGAUGGAGAUUUGGUGCACAAGGUGGGGUGCAGGAACGGGAUCACCAGGCUUGUACAGUGUCUGAGCUGAAAUGGGGCUAUUGCUGGCAGUGGGAAUCUGAAGCAGCUGCCCCCAGCAGCACUGCCCCAGCCCUGCUGCCGUCCACUGGGAUGGUCAGGCAGCAGCCUCGGGUGGGGGCAGCCCCACAGCAGCCACCACUGGGACCCUCCCUGCCUGUCUGCAGAAUUUAAACGGGAGUGAUUUUGGUGCACAUGUUUCAAACUGCAUCCUAGCUGGGCAUGUUCCUCUGUCUGACCUCAGAACUGGCAGGUGUACUUCAUGUGACCAGCCCUCAGUGGCAUUAUUUGUUCUAAAUUUGUAUUGUUCUAUAGCACUGUUGGGUUUGUUACAUACACGGUAUGUAACAGUGGACACAGAGAAAAGGGCCUUCAGUUCCUGAUCCUCAAGCACUCAUGCAUGUGUAUUAACCAUGAGAGUAACCCUAUGAUGCUCCAUUAUGCCUAUGAAAUCAUAA